AUACUCGUAGCGUCAGUCGUCAAAGCUCAUCGCUUUCGAGGUCGCUUCUUCUGCUAUCUGCCUACAAGCUCUACAGAGUCUUUUUCGUCGACAAUUCUUCCUGAAUUAGAUUUUUGUCUUCUUUGAAAUCAAAAUCUAUUAUCGAGACAGAAAAAUGGCGAAUUUGACUGGUGAUGCUGUGGUGGCUAUGGCCCAGAAGCAGGCUUUCGAUCCGUGGGCUUUGCCCGAUUCCUUCACUCUCUAUGCCUACGCUCCGGAGGAUAUCCGCAGCUUCCUUCACCCUCACUGGCACUCCUACAAGGCUCUGCAUCCUGCCUGGUAUUACUUUUUGGGAUUGAUGUACGUGGUCAUCGGUACUUGCGCAGUAGCCGGAAACGCGGUUGUCCUGAAGAUCUUCAGCCGCUUUCCAGCUCUACGAACCCCAGCAAACCUAUUGGUGAUGAACUUAGCUGUCUCCGAUUUUCUGUUGAUGCUCGCGCUUUUCCCUGAAUGCGUCUACAAUUUCUUCCUUGGAGGACCAUGGCGCUUUGGAGAAAUGGGCUGCCAAAUCCACGCAUUCCUUGGCGCCUGCUUCGGCUACAACCAAAUCUUCACUUUGACCAUGAUCUCUUACGAUCGCUACAAUGUGAUCGUAAAGGGAUUCAGCGGAACUCCUUUGACCUUCAACCGUGCGGUCACCAUAAUCACGAUGAGCUGGAUAUGGGCUUUGGGUUGGUCCAUCUGUCCAUUGGUUGGCUGGGGUGCAUACGCCAUGGAUGGUAUUAUGGGAACAUGCUCCUACGAUUACGUUUCCCAGAACAUGAACAACAAGACCCACAUCAUGGCUGCUGCUUUCGCCAACUACAUUCUCCCAGUUACCAUCAUCGCCGGCUGCUACUACUUCAUCGUCCACGCCGUCUUCAAGCACGAGGAGGAGCUCCGCGCUCAGGCCAAGAAGAUGAACGUUGCUUCUCUCCGCAGCAACAACGAUCAACAGCAAGUCUCUGCUGAGAUCCGCAUUGCCAAGGUCUCCAUCAUGAACGUGUCUAUGUGGUUGGCCGCAUGGACCCCUUUCGCCGUCAUCUGUAUCAUGGGAACCUGGGGUGAUGUUUCCAAAAUCACUCCUUUGGUCUCCGCCAUCCCAGUCAUCUUGGCUAAGACUUCUUGCGCCUACAACCCUUUGAUCUACGCCAUCUCUCAUCCUAAAUACCGCGAGUGUCUCAAGCAAAUGUACCCUUGGAUGUGCAUCGUUGAGGAAAAAAAAGCAGCCGCCGAUAAUCAGUCUGCCAUCUCAGAGAAAACUGAAAUGACAGAAAUCGUCAAAUGUGAAUCGGCCUAAAUGUAUCGAGCAGAACUGAUGUUCCUCUUUUCGUUACUCUCUUGGUAAGGUAUUUCGGUUACCAGACGGCUAUCAGUUUUUUACGACCAUGGCUAUUGAAUUUUGGAUAAACGAAAACGAACCGAUCCAUAUCUUUCUUUAACGUUCACGUCUCCCCUUUUCUCCGUUUACUUUUUCCGUAUUUUGACUGUUUUGCAGCCAUUUAUGUUAUUUUGAUUUCAAAUGUUCAAAAUUAUUUCUGUUUCAAUACACUAGAAAAACAUAUAA